CCCAGGUGGAGGCUGGCCUGGCAGGAUCCGGUGCGGCUCCUUUAAGGUCGGAAGGCAGUGGCUGUUAAACAGAUCUGAGACACGCGCAGCAGCACCGCCCCCGAGUGAGAGAGCUGUCUGUGGACUCCGACACCGAGCUGGGAUGGAAAUCAUGUAGCGCGUGGAGUCUGUAUGGAAAGAUAACGAUGUGAGGAGAAAUACCGGGCGCUACUGUCCUAGAGCAGACCGUAAACCACAAUAAAACGGUUUUCCUCGCUGACAUCAACCGUAGCGUCAUGCAGCCAGUCGGACGGUGAGGUGAGCGCUGCUGCGUUUGAGGUGAGUUGGCAUGGCCCAGUGAUGAACGGAGUGGUGCCGGGUGUGGUGGAGCUCUCCUCCCCCUCCUCCUCCUCCUCCUGCCCGCUCCCGGACUGGAGGGAGUUCUGUGAGCUCCAUGCCCGUGCCUGCGCCGCAGACUUCGCCCACAAGUUCCAACGCUUCCUGUCUGAGAACCCCUGCUACGACGCCCCCGGGGCCGACGCCAGCUUCUCCCAGCACUUCGCCCGCCACUUCCUGGAGUGCUUCUCCUCGGUGCUCGCCCAGGCAAGGGAGAGCCAGCUUGCAUCCGGCGAGGAGGGGUCGGGCGGCGCGCCCAAGUACAGCAUCGUCCCCUUCCUGGGGAUCCAGGGUUGCCAGCUACCUUACGGCUUGGAGCUCUACCAGCGCCGCCAGGACGCUGGCGCCUCCAGCGAGUCCCUAGACAGCAUGGACAGCGGUGGGGGAGGAAGGGGGGUGUCAGGGGCCUCCGCCCGCGGCCCCCCGCCCCCCCACAAGGUGUCGGUGCUGGGGCAGUCGCGCAGCUCUGAGGACGUGUCUCUGGGACACCCCAAGGCCCGUUUCAAGAAGGGCUUCUCUCUCAGGAAUAUGAGUCUGUGCGUGGUGGACGGAGUGAAGGAGAUGUGGCAGCGGAGGGCCUCCCCAGAGCAGGACCCCCCGGGGGGGCAGCGCAGGAACGGAGGUAUGGGGGUGGGCGAGGCCCCCGGGGAGAGGUGGGCCCAGAAGCUGAGGCUCCCCAGAGGAGCGCAGGGACAUCGGGCAGAGCUGCUGGAGGUGCAGAGGGAGGGGGUGCUCAGGUACAUGGUAGCUGAUGACACCAGCUGCAUGGGCGCCACCCAGUGGCAGAAAUGUCGCCUGCUGCUGAGGAAGACCAGGAAAGAGGAAGGAGGGGAAAAGUUCCUGCUGGAGUUCUACGUUCCUCCCAAGUCCUCGAAGCCCAAGGUGAGCAUCCUCCUGACAGCCAUCGUGGAGGUGAGGACCACCAUGCCUCUGGAGAUGCCGGAUAAAGACAACACCUUCGUCCUGAAGGUGGAGAGCGGAGGGGAGUUCAUCCUGGAGACCAUCGACUCCCUGCAGAAGAACUCGUGGGUGGCCGACAUCCAGGACUGCAUGGAUCCAGGGGACAGUGGAGAUGACAUCGAGCUGGCCUCCUGUCCUCAUGGUCAGGCUUCUAGAGAGUUCUCCAUGGUGUCCUCCUGUAGCUGUGAGCUACUGUCAGAGGGUACCCACCGUGCCUCAGAGAGGUCCUGUGGGCCAGCAGUAGUAGAGCUCUACAGCGCCCCCUCAGUCCGCUGCAGGGACUUCACCCAGCACCCCUCCCACCUGCUGCUGGAGCACUUCCUGUUGUCCCCCGACACCCUGGGCGUCCCAGGUGAGUCGGGGGAGGGGGGGGCCCCCAGCAUGGCAGGGUUGCCAUGGUUCCACGGGACGCUGUCCAGGGUGCGUGCUGCCCAGCUGGUGCUGGCGGGCGGAACCAGGAGCCACGGACUGUUUGUGAUUCGUCAGAGCGAGACACGACCCGGAGAGUACGUCCUCACCUUCAACUUCCAGGGCAAGGCCAAGCACUUGCGUCUGUCAGUGAAUGAGAGUGGUCAGUGCCAUGUGCACCACCUGUGGUUCCACACGGUGACAGACAUGCUGCGACACUUCCACACCCACCCCAUCCCUCUGGAGUCUGGAGGCUCUGCCCACGUCACCCUGCGCAGCUACGUACAGGUGCAGCGACUGCCUACAGAUGUGAACGUUCCUCCGCUCCCCACCCCAUCCAGCCGUCCGGACCCCCCCCAGCCCAGCCUCCACCUGCCCGGAGGCCCCCAGCCGGCAGGGCCCCCUCCUGAUGGCCCCCUCUCCUCCUCCUCCUCCUCCUCCUCCCCCACCACCCUGCCUGGCCUCUCCCACACUGAGCCAGGCAGCGCAGGAGUGGGAGGAGCAGGAGUUGGGUUGACCAGUAGGAGCAACAGCUCAGAGCGUCUGCUGGAGGUCUCUACCGGGGGUUCUGAAGACUACCACGACACAGACGGAACACGCCGGGCGAGAGCCGUGGAGAAUCAGUACUCCUUCUACUGAGGCUGGGCGGGGCCACAACCCAGGGCUCUCAUAGGCCAAGAAACAGGAAGUGGACACAGAAAGUGAGGGGAUUAACAGCACCUGGAACCCAGAGGCCAAAGAUGGAUCACCAGUUGUUGUUUUGUUUAUUUGUUGUUGUGAGGAGUUUCCCGUUUUUUUCACACCAAGGAGGAAGUGAGACUUGUGGAUCAGGAAGUGGUCAGCCCUCCUCAGGCAGAACUUCACCCUCUAUCUCAGCUGACCUGGGGACAUGGGAGGAAGACAUGACACAUGAUUAAAUGGAGAGGAGCAAGAGAUGGGGGGGUAGAGAGAGGGGGAGGGGUAAAGAGAGGAGGAGGGGUGGAUGGGGGGU